AUGGCACCCAUCCGCACUCAAUGGUCUCGGCUGAUUCGGUUCGUCGCGGCCGAAACCGGGCAAGUCCAUAUCGGGCAGCCCGUGGACCGCAACCUGGAUGUCGGUUUGGCGUUCGUGCAGAAGGAGAAGAUACAGGCGCAUGAGAUUGUCGGGUCCCCGUUUGACCCCGCGGCCUCGGUUACCCAGAAUCUGCUCACCGUGAAGGAACUCCUCGCGCCUCUGUCGAGGGAGCAGGUUGGCCUGGUCCGGUGCUUGGGUCUCAAUUACGCCGACCACGCUAGAGAAGCGAAUUUGGAAAAGCCCAACGCGCCUGUCCUGUUCUACAAGCCCGUUGACACCCUGCUGGGUCCAAAUGCCCCAAUCACAAUCCCUCAUCACGCGCAGCCGAUCGACAAGCACCAUCCAGAUUAUGAAGUCGAGCUCACCGUUGUAAUCGGCAAACCGGCGAAGAACGUCUCUGAAGCUGAGGCCCUCGAUUAUGUGCUUGGUUACACCGCCGGCAACGACAUAUCGUUCCGCUUCUGGCAAUGGCACGUAUCUCAAUGGAGUUUCUCGAAAGGUUUCGACAACACAACUCCUAUUGGCCCCGCGCUCGUCUCCGCGACUGCGAUCUCUGACCCACAGGCGCUCAGGCUCGGAACCAUUCUGAACGGGCAGACAAUGCAAGAUGGAACGACAUCUGAUCAGCUGUUCACUGUUCGGCAGACAAUCGCAUUCCUCUCGCAGGGAACAACCUUGCUCCCCGGAUCUAUCAUCAUGACAGGCACCCCGCGCGGCGUUGGAUCUGCACGCAACCCGCCGGUCUAUCUCAAGAACGGCGAUGAAGUGCGCGUAUGGCUGGACGGCGGCAUCGGCACCUUGAUCAACCCUGUCGUGGAAGAGGGCAAAGCCCGUCUAUGA